AUGUCAUACACAGGCAUAUUACAUAAUUACGCUGGUAGGCAUGCUGCUUUUGAGUUUGCCCCUACGAAGCUGCCUAACGUUUUAAUUGCCAUUGGAGGCAUGACAGAUGGCCUCCUGACGGUACCCUACGUGCAGGGAUUGCCUGAAGUAAUGAAACAAUACAACUACUCAGUAAUUCAGAUUCAAUACACGAGUAGCUUCAAAGGUUGGGGUACUUCUUCUCUACAACAGGACAUAAAGGAAAUUGCCCAAUUGAUUAGGUUCUUAAAAUCUGAAAAAGGUGGUAAACGAGACAAAAUAAUGCUCAUUGGUCACUCUACUGGCUCUCAAGAUGUCAUGACGUAUCUUUUAAAUGAAGACAAGUACAAAGAUUGUGAAAUUGUGGCUGCAAUCUUGCAAGGGUCAGCUUCUGACAGAGAGGCAAUGAGAAUGGAAUAUGAUGAUGAGACUUUGUCAAAUCUAAACAAGAGAGUGGAAAAAUUGAUAGCUGAAGGUAAGAAAGAUGAGCUUUUGCCAACUGAGUUCUCCAAUUAUGUGUUUGGGGUCCCAAUUACAGCAUAUAGAUGGUGGUCAAUCAUGUGCCCUGGAGGUGAUGAUGAUUAUUUCUCAAGUGACCUGGAUGAGAACACAUUAAGGAGCACGUUUGGGAAGAUUAAGAAACCCUUCUUAAUUGCAUAUUCUGGUAAGGAUAAUUUUGUCCCAGAUUACGUUGACAAGGCUGCUGUAAUUGAAAAGUGGAGAUCCAUUGCUAACCCUCAAUUUUGGUCUAAAAAUUCUGGCCUAGUGGAGGGUGCAGAUCAUUUCGUUACACAGAGUGACUCUCAACAGUUUUUGUAUUCAAUGAUCAAGGCUUUUAUGGAAGAAUUCGAUCUCUAG